ACUCACAAAUCAGGAUGUGCCAGGUUCCAGAGUUUUUUGUUGCAAGGGAAAUGGCCAUUUUUAUUUCCUUUUUAAACAGUACAGUUCAGAGUAUGAAGACCUCAGUCUUCUGGAUCACACAGAAGGUCUCGAAUCCAGGGGAUUUUUUUCAAGCUCAUGCUCUGUAUUAUGUAGUAGAUUGGGAUUUUUUUGGUGCAGUGAGAAACAACUCUGCUUGUCUUGGACUUGGUCGACACAGUGUAAGGGCUUGUAACCAAGAAUGAGCAGGAUCCAGUUAAAUCCAGGUUUUACAUUUUCCCCUCUUAAGAAAGUAAGGCUUCGACAUUUCCUGCCUGGGAAGUGGUGCAGUUUAUCUUUAAGGAGGAUAGAGAAAUAAGAAAUGAGUCUCACGUUGCAUGGGUGACAUCACUGGCUUUUGGCUCAGCACUCUGUAUGCUCGGUCUGUAGGCUUUGGCCAAGGCUGCAGGGCUCGGUGUUUGAACAAGGAAAGAUUCCCAGGUAUACAGAAGAUUGGAUUUGCUUUUAUUUGGGUUAAAAACGGUGAAAUGAGAUUUCUAAAGCUUGGGGACUCCAGCUCGCCUUCUGUUGCACUUGAUCUCUACAAAAUGGGUGAGUUAUUCCCAUUAAAGAGAAAGGGAGUGAAAAUUUAAGGAGAAAAAAAAAAUAUGUCUGAAAAUAUAACUGCUGAUGCUGGGGAUACGAUUCGUAUGAAGCUGCUGAGCUAAAAAUCUCAGCUCCGACGUGGAGAUCGGGCCAUAUGGCAGAGAAAUGGUGCAGACCGAAAGCUGUUGACAACAGUUAGGGGCUGCUUUCCUCUCCCCGUGUAAGGUGUGUAGCUCCCCCACCCCACCCCCCCCGCCCCUCCGCCCCGGUUUGUUUUGGUUCGGUUUCCCCCGACCUCCCUCCCCUCCCCGCUCCUCAGCAUCCUCUCCGCCAGCCGUAGCCCUGCCCGCCUGCCUUCAUCUUGCAGAUGGCUAACGUGCCGCCGUGUUAGGAAAACUGUGCACAACACAUCCCGGCUCCGGGGACGGAGGAAGCUUUUCAGAUCCCGGCGGAAGGGGGGGCAGCAGCGUGUGUGUUGUGUGUGUGUGGAAGAAGGAUGCCGGGGCCGAGGGCAGCCCCCCGUGCUGCCUAGCGGGCGGAGCGCGGCCGGCGCCGGGUCCUGCCGGGCUGCGGCUGCUCCCGCCGCCUCUCCCCGGCCCGGGCGCCGGGAGGCUGCCGGAGCGCUGUCCAGGACCGCCGGCGGAGGAAGGGAGCGCGGCGUUGGGCUGCCUGGAUGAAAGCGCCGGCGAAUAAAGCAGGCGAGCGAAUGGCAAGGCUGGCAGAGAGAAGCCGAGAUGUUUCCGAAGCCAAGAUGCCAGUGACUGUCAGCGAAGUCUGCUGAGGGAGAGACCCGUGCGUGCCCGCGUUUCCAGAGCCAGCCGGGGAGGGUAUGUUUUAACCACGGUUUCAAACAGCAGCAGCAGCAGCAGCCAGCAACAACAACAGAUUGCUCCCCCCUCUUGCUCCCUCCCCCUCGACCCCGCUUUAAACCCAAGCAAGUGACCGACCAUUCAGACGAUGAUGCUCUUGCUGAGCCACUGACAAAAGACAAGUCACCCAUUCCUGUAAACGGGACAACUGGCUGCCUGCAAGUGGGAGAUGUCAAGCUGUUGAACUUUUCUGCUCUAUGAUGAUGCUGUGGUGAGCUUGCUGAUCUAAAAACCAUCUCUUCUGGAUUUCUGAGCUGGCCGGAUUGAAAGAGAUUAAUGGACUGAUCAGCCAUCAGGUUUCUUCAGGGGGGUACAUCCCUUCAGCCCCUGUCACUCGGGUGCUCGUGGUGAGGGGAGCAGGACAUCUUUGUGUAGGUGGGUCACUGGCUCGCUCCCGCUGGAGGUGCAAGGCUGUGUUUCUCCUCGCCAGGUCUCCUCUGUAGAGGAGGAGAGGCAGAUGAAACUCCAGGACUGCCUCCAGGGCAGAACUUUGUAGCGCUCUCAGCAUCCCUCUGCAGUGUGGAUGUGAGCCACGGGAGUUGGGGAUGUUUGAGGCAGACUCUGCCAAGUGACACCUAGCAGCUGCUCUGGAGGUUUUUGCGUGGUCUCACACCCAAGGGCUUUGCCUGUUGUGAAGAUGUCCAUGGUGUUUCUGUGAAGCUGAGGUAUGGCUGCUGGAAGGUUACUGCUGUAUGCUGGCCUGUCUUUAGCUCUGUGUGCCCUGGGCAUGCUGGCUGUGGCAAUCUGCUCUGACCAUUGGUAUGAAACUGAUGCCAGGAAGCACAGAGAGAGGUGCAAGAGCAUCACCACAAAGAGAAAUGAUCCUGGCUUCAUUUAUAACUCCAACAACAACCUGCCUCUCAGGGCCAGCAGGUCUAGGUUGGACCGCUGGGAAGGGAAACUCCUCUUGGCAAGAAACAGGAGGCAGAUCUUUGCUAUGAGCGCAGUCGACGAGUGCAACAGACAGUACAACUCGACCAACAUGGGGCUCUGGAGGAAAUGCCACCGACAGGGAUUCGACCAGGAGCUGGAGGAGCUGAUUGCCAAAGGAGCAAUUGAGCGGUGCUCGUACAUCAAGUACCACUACUCCUCAGCGACCAUUCCCAAGAACCUCACCUACAACAUCACCAAGACAAUCCGCCAGGAUGAGUGGCACGCCUUGCAUCUGCGCAGGAUGACAGCUGGCUUCAUGGGCAUGGCGGUGGCCAUCAUCCUCUUUGGAUGGAUUAUCGGGGUGCUGGGGUGCUGUUGGGAUCGAGGCCUUAUGCAGUAUGUGGCGGGGCUUCUCUUCCUCAUGGGAGGAACCUUCUGCAUCAUUUCACUGUGCACGUGCGUGGCUGGAAUCAACUUUGAGCUCUCCCGCUACCCCCGCUACCUGUAUGGACUUCCCGACGACAUCAGCCAUGGCUAUGGCUGGUCCAUGUUCUGUGCGUGGGGGGGCCUGGGCCUCACUCUUAUCUCUGGCUUCUUCUGCACUCUGGCCCCUUCUGUCCAACCUGUCCCCAGGACCAACCACCCCAAAUCUAGACCUGAGAAUGGGACAGUGUGCUAAAACAAAUAGCAAACAAAUACACACACACACACAAUACAUACAUAUAUAUAUAUAUAUGUCUUUGUAUGCCUAUACAUGCAUAUAUAUGUAUAUAUAAUUAUAAAUAUAUAUAAAAUCUCAAAUUAAUGCCAGUGCCAAGGUAGAGCUGAGUCCAACACGGCACUCACAUCUCCACUGGACUCUGUGUUGCUUCAUUCUUUCUCACAGCGAUGGGAAAGCUUUUCUCUCACAUGGCUCUUCCAUCCGACUUUUAACUUCAGCAUCAUACCUUAGAGGUCAAAUGAACCUACAGUUGCACUUACCUACUGCCAUUUGGGAAGGGGAAGAGGGGAUCCAUAUGGGGAAUCUGGAACCAGAAUCUGUACAGGACAUGGUGGGGGUGGGGGCGCGGGGGGAAAAAUGACACAAAAAGCGUGUCCAUUGCAACCAGAAGGGAAAAUACAAACAGCAAGCAAAGGAGUAAAUGAAGCAUUUGAGCCACCUCAACAACGUACCUCCUCAAGGCCACUGUCAGAAACCCACCCAUUUUCUUUUUCUUUCUUAAAACAAAAUGACAGAAAGCCUGUCCUGUCACUGGUUUUGGGGUUUUGUUGGGUUUUUUUCCCUUAAAACACAGAAAACAAAACGGACAAAACAUGUGAGGAAAAGCAGACAAGCAUUUUCUCUUUGCCUGCCAAACUUUAGAGAGAAGCAAACAAGUAAAAAAAAAAUAAAUAAUAAACCCCCACAGAUUUAAGAAAAUAAAACCAGAAACAGCAACAACAACAAAAAACUCCAAGAGGACAUCUCAGCGGACUUUCCAACAAUGCGGUUUUAAUCUUCCAGCUGCCUUACAUCCAGGCUUACAACUGAGGCUGAACUGCUAGUGUAAAUGCAGCAGAAGGCCUUUUGAAAAUGCUGUGAUACAUGUGUGUAGAACUUUUUCUUCCCUCUUCCUUUAUUUAUUUUUUUUAACAAAAAGAAAAAUUUAAAACAUUGCAAUGUGAUUGUCCACCAAACCAUCCAUGCUGUGUUUGUGGCCCAAGACUGAGGCACCGCAAUGGCAGAAACGGGAAGAAAUCCGUCAGGUCUGAGACAGCACAUCUUCUCUGAUGGAUCUUGGGAUGUUUUUUUUGUUUUCACGGAGCAUCUGAGGGUUCAGGAUGGUGGAUCCAGAGGAAAACCGACUAAGGAGAAGGGAGGUGGGGGGAGCCCUGGCAGUUGUUCUUCCCAGAUAUUUGCUGGAAUGGGAUUUCAUCAAGUUUCCAUUUUGGAUGUUUAAGACAUCUGGGCAAAAGCCAUUGCUGAGGAGGUAAAGGGAGCUAAUUUCAGUCAGAGAGAAGUAAGAGAUGCCUCUCAUUGUGUUCAUGUAUGCCAAAUAAGACCUUCCUACAUCUUGUCUUUGGAAACUGGAUCACUGGAUAUCUCCACUCUCCAUCUGGGAGAACUGUGUACAGAUGGACGUGAAAGGGUCAGAUGCAGAGAACAGAGAUCCAUUUCCCAUGAGCUUAAGCAUUGUAUGAUAUAACUGUGAAUCUGCAAAUGGAACUCUCUCUCUUUUUUGGUCUUUCUCUUUUUCCUGCUACUCCUCUCCCUAUUGUCUCCUUUUUCCUUCACUCUGCUCUUCCCGUUGUUCAGGUCAUAGGUCCCAGAAGAUCUAAAUGAACAGCUAAGUCUGGAGAGGUGGGUGAAUGCCAUUAGAGGAAGGAAAGCAUUUUGGCUAUGAGGACACUGAGUCCUUGCAGGGGACCAGUGGCUCAGGGGAAUGUGGGGAAGAAGGGCCAAGGGUGUAACCAAAGGGACUGAAGAAGGAUGACUGAAUUGCCAUAUGCAGGAGUGAGGGCACCACUGACAAAUAUACAGACAAAGGGAGACAGGACAAAGAAAAAAGGUCUCCCCUAAACCAACCCAACCCAACAUGCUCUUAAUUCAGGGAUAGUACCAGCAAUCCUUUUGUACAUGAUAGCUGCAUGCCAUCAUGAGUCAGUAAAAAGUCAUCCUCUGCGCCUAAAAAAUCUCACAAGGAGAAGGAGGCAACCUAUUGAGGCUGUGCCUGCUGCACAGAAAUGCAGGUAUUAAUUUAUUAAUUUCCAGGUCAUACCAUUUACUCAAGCUGGCAAGAAACAGUAUUGCUUGGUUUAAAAAAAUAUGGCUAACAAAUAAUUCUUACACAAUAAAAUUCCAUAGCCAGCUAUUCUCCCUGCAGCCCCUCUUCCCCAUUACACCUUGUGUGAUGAUGUUGCUGUAUUAACAAUACCCCGAGAAAUGAAGUUUCUGAAAGGCAUGUUGGAGUAGGGUAGAUUUGGGGUUCUUUCCUUCUUUCUCAACUACCUAGCUUUUGCUUUUUGUUGUCUACAAAUUCCCCAAACAUGCCAAUGCCAGCUGCUAAGUCAGUGUGUUGCCACUGAAGUGCCAUCCCUGUCAACUGAAGUUUCAUAAUUUCAUUUUCCAUUAGAUGUGACCAGAGAAAUUAUUUAUUUAUUCAUGUUGAAAAUACAAGCCUUGAAGAAACUUCCUUUAUAAGUAGAUUGGUUUAUUUAUUUUUUUCUGGCAAGGUUUUCAAAUAGAGUGGUUUUGAAAAGUUUUGAAACCAUUUGACUGUGCAAGUGCCUACUCGGUAAGGAGGAUGAUAAAUUACCAUUGAACAGAAGAAGGAAAUUUAAAAUAAAAACAGCCUUGGAAAGCUAAAUGAAAGCUGAAAGCAGAAAACCAAUAACUGGAAACCAGGAAAGACCUAUAAAAAAUUGUUCAUUUCUUUGAGAUAUGAAAAAUUUUGCAAACAAACAACUUCCCAUUAAGAUAUUAUUAGGAAAAUUAUAGCUGUUUCAUUAAAACAGCUUUGAAUGCAGACUUUCUUCCUCCUCUACAGGGCUGAGUGUGAUAGAGAAGGUGUUUCAUGUGAAUACAGAUAUCUGGAGUGACCCAGGUAAACCAAAGUGCACAGAGGUAUCUAGCUGGAGUCCACCAUCAGACCCUGUGGCAUGGAAAGCACUACAGAAGCUCCUGUGAUGAUGUAUCCUUGUGUGGUCCAUGAGUGCUCAUAGGGUGUAUUUUUCUACAGAUACAGUUUUGAAAGAGGUAUAGCAGUAAGAUUUAAAGAAAUUGAAGUAAUUUUGCUGUUUCAUGGAUUUUCAAAGCUUUGCCUUCUUUCUGCAGCUGGCACGAAAACAGUUUUGCCUUGAUGGAGUGAUGGUUUACAAGAUAUAUAUGAGCCUGUGUGUCCAUCUGUGUGUGGCAAUGGUGGAAGAGGGUUAUGAUUAUUUUCAUUGUCAACAGAAAAGUGUUAACCCCGGAUCAUUGGGCCAGUUCUGUGAUUUUCCACUUGCUAUAGCACAGGGUCUGUAAGGCCUUUGUGGCUAUGAAGCAUCUUAAAAGCUGUGGGAAUGUCUGAAGCAGCAGGUGAUCACAUCACCUUAAUCUCCAACUGGAUCCCCCAAAACAGUUUGGACUGGUUGUCCAAGCACCAGUUUCCUCAUCACUGCUUUAAGUAAUGGCAAAACCCCCUUGGGAUAUUGUGAAUUUUCCCCCGUGCUACUCACAGAACUGGGAGGAGUCCCACGUGCUUCCAUACCCUUGAAUGGGGCUCACAGCCUCACCAUGCUUUCUGUUGGCUCCGACUCGUCUUUAGAGCAGGGUUGACUCAAAAUACACCUAGAUCCAAAUUUGUGAUGGUUAGUGUCUCCAUCUAUCCUGAGCCAAAGCACACUCAUAUCUAGUCUGAGCUUCUGCAUUUUGGGGAGGCUUUGAAAAAUCCUUCUGAACAGAGAUUCAAGCUUUUUGACUAGUGCGUGGUUUCUUAGUUGGAGGAGUAGCUAAUUAGAAAUCUGUUAUCUGUUAUCCCAGCAUUAAGGGGCUUGACCCCAUCCCUCAGAACUGCUCUGGCCAAGUGCCUAGGCAUGUGCUUUACUUGGAGCAUGUGACUAAUCCCCUUAACUUCGGUAGACUAUUCAUAUGCUUCAAGUUAAGAAUGUGCUUUCCUGGGUGACAUUCAGCUUCCUGCAGAGUCCAGCCCCCGCUCUUCUUUUCCUAUCCUCCCCCUGCAGAUAAAGUGACACUCUUGUCCUAGCCUGAGGUAUCAGCACAUGCUUGGCCUCCCUUUCCAUGAGAUGGAAAGGCAGGGUCCAUACCUGGCAGGUUCUUCUUUCCUGCAUGUGGCCUUUCAUGUUGCACUGCUGGGACAACACUUCUCUGUGCUCCAGAGAUCAUGGAGUCACUUGACUGCAGUGAACGCAGAUAUCACAAAACACCCAUCCCAAGGAUGCAGGAUGAAUUGUCUCAACCCACUGCAUUCUGCAGGCUGAUGUUUUGUGUAGGUGACCCUCAGUUAUUGUACAGUGACGCUGCCCUGUGACUGCAGCGAGUCAGCUCCAGGGGUUCUGCUGUCCAUCCCUGCCAGGGACACUGGAUAUGAAAGGGGGCUACAUGGCAGGAGAACAUGUGACAUGUGCCCUGCAUCUUAUGAACUGUAUAGGACACCUUCUUCUUCAAGCUAAAGCUGUUCGUGUGUUACAUUUCCUGACUCAUAUUGGCUGCCUGUGUAUAUCAUCUCUCCCUUCUCCCUCUCUGCAAACACACAACUGAUCUUCCCUCAUCUAAAUAAAUAGUACAGUCCCUCCAGUUCUUUUUCUAGUUAAGCUUUUUUUCCUUUCAUUCUACCCCAGGGACAGUAACAAGUGGAUCACAAACCACCAGUGACCAGAGUAAUUUCUUUGAAAUAUUGCUUUUGAAAAGUUGCCAUUACUUUUUAGAAUGUUAUUUCAGCUGCAAUAACAAAUGAAAGGGAAAAAAACCCACCCCGAGUCUUCUAAACAGAGGAUCCUCAUCCUCCCAGGAUUGAAUCUUGAGAGUGUAGGUAUUCUGCUGUCCUGUGGAUGCAAGUCAUUUGGGACCAUUUUUGGUACGGCACAUUAGCUGUGCAGUUCAUUAGAUGGUGAAUAAAACAACGUUGGUGAGGGAGAGGAUUGAUAUGCAGGGGGUAUCUCAGAUUCCCAAGCAUUCCUGAAAGAACUGUGUCUCCAUGGCUGUCCAUUUACCCACCAUGCAGCGCCGCUGAAUCAGGCUCAUCCCUGGAGCCCCACUGAUAAGCAGAGCUCAGAAGAAAAUCACUGUAAUCUGUCCUUAAUUCUUGAGUGCCAAGCUAACUGCCAGCAGUGAAAUGGAGGGAAAAUAAUAUGUUACCAAGUAUAGCUUAAAUAAAGACAUACAUUAUUCGGGCUCUUUCUUCUGUGUGUCUCUACAUAGGCCUAGAAGAGCUACAGGAAUGCUCAGGCACAUCACAGGAACCAACCCUGUUGGUUUCCUUGACCCCAGGUUUCACACUCUUUCGUGGCCCAAACCACUGUGCUCAUCCAGCCAGCAAGGGAAGACUCAAGGUGAAAGACUGAGACAGCUCUGAACGAUUGCCAGGUACCACUGAGAGGCAAAGAGUAAAAAGUGUGCAUGAAGCACAAGCAGUAUGUAAAGAUCAGCGAUGGAUGAAUUUCCAAGGUCAGGAACAGAAGUUCAAAAAAGCCUGAAGUUUGAUAGCAAACUCCAGGCCAGAUCCAUAAAAUCUUGAUUUGGCCAGUCUAAGCUGAAAACUCAAAGCCCAGGGCUCAACUCAAAACUUACAGCCCCACUGUUUGCAGUUAUAGCCAGGAAUAUAAUGCAUCUAUUGCAUAGUCCCUUGAAGUCCAUAGAAAGAUCAGGUGCCUUAGAAAAUAUUUUAGUGCUGUCUUAGUUAAAAGCAGAAAUCGAGUACUUUCACACUCAAAAUCUAUUCUUUGGCUUUAGAAAGAAAGUCAUCAGAUGUUACCUCCCCCCCUUCCUGCUUCUCCCCCUCCCCUAUUUAGGGUUUCCAUUCUGUCUACCCCGCUAACACCCCAAUCCUACAGCCCUCUUUGGAGCCAUAGUUAGAGAUUGCAACAUUUUUAAAACAAAUUCAGGUGGUACCAGGGGACUCUGACAAGCUCGUUGUUGCCAUCAGUGGGAGAACUGGAGCCUGAUACAAUGCUGUCAGUCUAACUGCUGUGUGCCUUGCACUAGAGUUUAGGAGUUGGAGACAGAGCCUAGACAACUGCCUCAAUAUAGGCCACAAGAGGGAAAUGAAAUGCUGGUCACCUCUUUUAAAGCACUCCAGAGUCACAGAUCAAUUGUCCUUCCUUGUUCAGGGAAGACUUGAAAUGAAGAUAUCGGUCUCAGAUAGGUUAUCUCCAGGGGAAGGUGGGGGAGUGAAAAAAAGGAAACCCAACAGUAGUUGCUAUAGGUAAAAACCGAUGGGCAUUGGUAGAAUUCUGUGAGGACAAUCCAAUGUCACCUGCAGCAUCAGCAUCAGUCCCUUCUAGGACUGCAUUUUUAUAUUUUUCCUUCACUGAUUAACACUCCCUCACAGUGGCAGAAAGUGACUUCAAAAAUUUUCUUGUAUAGGGUGUGUACACAUGUGCGCCCUCACUCCCCUCCUUCCUUAAACACACACACAUGUACAUCCCACGUGAUGUGGGUGCCAGUGACCUGUAAAAGUGUUCCAUGUAGAGUGAAAACACAUAGCAAAACACAGCAUAAUUGUUUUCCAUUCUUUAAUACUUAGCUCUGGAGUUGCAGUGCAAUUCAAAUGCCAUCUGUGUCCGUGUUAGGUUGUGUGUGCAGAUCACAUGGAAACCAUCUGCUGAAGAUACGUGGGGAAGCACAAUACAACUGGGAUGAAUUUGGUUUUCUCCAUCAAAAUGUGUUUGGAAAUUUAGGAAAGAGUUGCCAAUGUAUCACCUCCAAAGCAGAAACGUUUAUGAUGCCCUGGUGUAAAAAUUCCACCGUGCCCAGAGGCAGUGUCAUGGCAGGGCACCACCUAAGUCUUAUUUCUGUCCCCAGAGGGUUUGUGCGGGUUGUUGGCUGCAUGAGGACCAUGGUUAACGCUGCUCAGCACAGCAGGGAGCUUCAUAUCCUGUGGGUCUAAGUUCUGCCUGUGGCAGCAGGACAUAGGAAUAUCUCUGUAAAGGUAAUUCCUUCAAGUGGCCUUGUUAUUUUGCCAGCUGGUCAGAAAUACCCGAUCCUGCAGUAGAUGAGAUAAAGAGUCAAGCCUUCAAAAACCUGUGGGGUUUUCCCCAGUUUCAAAGUGAUAUAGACUCCAAGGAGUGUGAGUCAGACAUAGCUUAGUCUCCUGGGGCCAGAUACACAAAAAAGCCUAAACAUCCAAUUCCUCCUUAGACAGUGAAAACACUAAAUGCCUUUGGUGCCUACAUAUAGUUUUUUUAAAAAAUCAUAUAUGCUUCUAAUUUGCUUAAGCUCUUGUGAUGUUUUAUCUCAAGAAGAAUUUUCUUCUGGCUCUAGAGCAUAAGGCUGUAUUUUUUUUACAAAGGGUUAUUCAUUAACAAUAUAGAUCAUAAGAAAAAGGUUUGAGUAAUCAGAACAAUAAAAGUGCAGCCUUAGACUAUUCAGUUAGAAUGUACUGAAUUAUUUAUAACUCCUGGGCACCAACAGCAAUCACAGAUAUCUAAUUUAAACUGUUACUAUUUUUAUUUGGCAAUUUCCAUCACUUAGAGUGUUUAUGGCUAUGUAUUUGUGGUUUGAUCUUUUGCAGAACAAAAUUUCCCCUGUUUACAUGGAAAAGCAUAUUUGGGAACUUCUGGAGGUAUUUUUUUGUGGUAACUUUAAUUAUUUUAAAGCAUUUUGAGGCCUAGUAUGACAAAUGUUACAACUUUCAAAACUGUAAACUGUACCUAAAAUGGGCUUGAACUUUCAGUUCUUUCUCUAGUAAAAUUCCCUUUGAUUACAGGUCAUUGGAAUCAAAGGGAAAUUUGCUUCAUUAACAGCUGUAAGACUGGGUCCUAUUUAUGUGUAUAUGUGAUGAUGGGACUUACGUAGCGGGAAUGUACUUAAAUGUCAGCCCACUUGAGGAUCUUUUGGAUAGACACAGGAACAGUCACUGCUAAGUCACUCCAACUAUAUACCGAUCUCUUUUGUAAAAAACAACCAUUAUACUUGUGUGUGGCUGAAAUAAAGCAGUAGUAAAUCUAGCCCUUAGGCUGACACACAUAUACAUGUAUAUAUGUGUAUAUCUGUAUAUAUAUUUGUAAAUUUCUGAAAAAUGUCCAUAGCUUCAUGAUUGCCUGAAAUAACCUGAGGCUGAUGUACAGAAUUUCAGGCAAAGGACUGUUUCUUUUUCACAAUCCUCAUUUAUCUCAGAUUUCAAUCAAAACAAACUAAAAAAAUACUAUUUCCCAGGAAAAUCCUCAUUUUGCCAUUGCACCAGCUGAGGAGGGGUACCACGCUCAAGUCAGCGGCACGCACAUCCGCACACGUACAUCCAGUCCAAGGACUGGGUCUCAAGGGCUUUUUUAAGGAAAAGAAAUGGACUGAAAAAAACAAUGGCAGAAUUUCUGUUCAGUAGUAGCUCCCUCAAUUGACUCACUUGUCCUUUUUUCAGAGGCCCUUUGUAGGAAUGCUGUUCUGCACUAGGUGUAUGUUCACAAGGAGCACCUUUGUGGGUGACCUCAAGCUACACAAAAGGCUGGGAUUUUCUGACCUGCAUUUGUCCCCCCUAACCUUAGGCACUUAACUGAGCUCUUUGUGCUGAUGGGCUCAUUUCUCUUGGUUUCUUGUACAGGUGGUGAAGAGACACAGUCACUUACAGAUGGUGACCCAGAAAAACUCACAUCUAACUCAGCUGUAGGAGCUCCUUCUCGCUUCAUGCAGUGACCACUCACCUCUCUUUGGUGGUCCCAAAAUCUUAAAAGAUCUUAAAUCCUGGUGAGAUGAAUCGGGUACCUAGUGCAGAAAAGCAUCCAUACGGAGAUCAGCCAUGUCCCUGUGCUUCAGGUGCAUGGCCUGGGCUCACCAUGUAAAACACAGGUUUAAUUGUGAAAGGCUGCUGGAACAAUAGGAGGUGUUCACUACAGCCUUCCCCUCCCAAACUGCAACAUGACUGUAAAGGACAGGGCUUGCCCCAAACUCUGGGUGUAGUAUUUGAGGUGAGUUCCUUGUCGCGUUCUCCAGGCACAGACGACUGGGUGGUCCCAGUGCUGGAGGUCAGAGAUCUCUGGUCUGAACUCUUCACCUUUCUCUGUCAGUCAUAGGCAUUGCUGAAGCAGUUCAAAGAGUGAAUUUACAUCUUAAAAGUUUGAAUGGCUGAGCAGUUCAAAGGUUAAUUUCUUGCUCUGUCCCCAAACUGGCCUGAAAAAGUCAUCUAGCUGGUAGUGAUAAUCAAAAAAUUCUCCUCCAAGGUACAGUUUGGGUAGUUUCAUAUUCUUUCUUUCAAUGUUAAUAACUGCUUUACAAACAGCUUACAUGGAGAUUAAAGAGAUUGCAAUUUCAUCCCUUAUUGUUGGGAUUAUAGUUGUCAUCAGAAAAACCAAACUGAGGACUCAACAAGAGAAUGAACUGUGACUGUAUUAUUCAGAAAGCUGCUCUGACAAGGCUGAACAUACGUCUCCAUCUCAUGGUGAGAGUCUCUCAGAGCCAAAAUUUGGAAUUGCAUAUUGAUAGGCAGCCUGGCUGGAAGGAUCAGCAAUUUAAUCUAGUACAAGAACUCUGGAACUCUUGUAUAUUCCCAUAUUUUACCUGAAUAACGCAAACACAGAGGAGUGGGAAACGUAAACUGAUUUCUGAAAACUCUAGGGCUAAGUGAACUUUGGAUCUUGUGUCAAUGUAUGGUCACUACUAUUUGUUUCUACAGCUAAAUUUAAGUCAGUGACUUGACAAUUUUCACCCAUCUCUCAGACCAACUUAAUUUUUAAAAAUACUGUUAAGAGGGACUUCAGCUGGCCUGCAGGGACCUGUAAAGUACUGUGUACCAGUGCUUAAGGAAAGACUUUAUCUAGAAUGUGGAAGAUAAAGCUGAGUUCCAGGGAUCAAAUGUUAUUUUUAACAUGGUACCACCCUGCCCAAGCUGUAGUGUAUCAUCCUGACAUUCUUCUCCUGUUCUCCCUUUCCCUUUUUUGAGGAGUAAGAUAUGUAUCUCUCUCUCCCUCUCUUCUUUUUCCUCCCCAUGUGUGAGAAUAUAGACAUACUUCCUGUAAAGACAUUUUUCUCUGAAUCCCAUUCCAUACCAGCUCUUGCAUAUGUGACUGUUUUGUUAUUUGAGAUGUCUGUGAAAAAGAAAUAAAGGCUUUAAGAGUGAACUCUGGAAAUGAGGAGGAGCUUGAGAAUAAAUCAAGUUUAAGGAUGCAGCACCAUUUUCUGCAAGACUUUUCAGAAUGUUCUUAAAUUCUCGUCAUCACCCUCCUGCCCUCCCUCUCUGUGAGAGGAAUGAGGAGGGUUCUGGAAUGUGAGACUCUCAAAGUUUGCUCUUUCAACUGUUGACUCACGGUAUCCCACAAGGGUUUUGCAGAGUUUUCAGAGUUUUACUGUCAAAGAAAACCUCCUUUUAAAAGGUGAUGAAGUCAAUGCCCAACAUCACAUGGGAGGAGGCUCUAAAGGGUGAUUCUGUCCCAGUUUAUCUUUCUGUCCCAUUCUUUACAACAGCCCUGUGUGUCCAGCCAUGCAUAUUCUCCUCCCUGCUGGGUUCACUUUGCCAAGAGUGUAUCUUGCCAAGAGAGGCCUGCCCUGACCCCUCACCUCCCUGAUGCACUUGGAUUAUCUUCUUGGAUAAUUUUCCACUUACUCUUAUAAAAACCUGUCUCACCUCCUAGUGAAAGCCAUAACCACUCCUGUGACCCUGCUGCAGAGAGGGAAUGCACAGGUUCCUGUGGGACAGCAGCAACGCCUGGCACCACAACGAUGCUGGGGCUAAGGCAGGGGGACAAGUGGAGCUCCCAUGGUCACCUGACAUCAGAGAGCUACAGUGUCACCCUCCAGUGCAAGCCCCCGUGCUACUCUUGAGCCACUCGGCCAGUUCAGCGUGUGGGUCUGACUCCUUGCUGUCUCCCACUUGUGCCCAUGGCAAAUGGCUGCAGAUGUGGCAAAACACUCCUGUGUGAAGGCAUGAGCAUUUCACACAAGAGUCAGUGAGAAAUCAGACUCACUGGACUCCCCUCUGUCCACAGUAUGUGCAUCUCAUGCAGAUACUUGCUCUUUAGGAUAUCUUCUGCCCCAAGUAAUAUUCACCCUAACCAUGAGAUACCACACUGCCAAAAGUUUUUGGAGGGUUCCCCUCUCCUGACUUCCUCAUUGGUCCUUUUUUCCUUAUGAAUUUUUUUAUUCUUGCUCAGAAAUGAAACAACUCCCAUAAUCAUCCUUUGAUGAGGAGAAAAGUAGCAAUCAUCACUGUCUCUAAUUGAUAGCUUGGGAAGCUUAGGAUAAUAAUUCACUUAAAUGCCUGCAAAUUGAAGUAUGUCAGCACUUUCCUAGGACAUUCCCGAGUACAAUAAUAUGACUGGUACAAGACAUUUGUCAUGUGGGUAUGUCUUGGCCAGAUGUUUAUGUUUCCUCUAAGUGCAGUACGCACACAUCAAAACUGGAUUAGAAAAGAUCUAGUAUGCCACAAUACUCAGGCGUAUUCAGAGAAAUGCGGUGAUACAUUGCAUUUAUCUGGCAUAUUUUCUCUUCAGAAAAUUUUACAAGUAUGAGUCACAUCAGACCUGUCUGAGGUAGGUAGGUAUUUUAGCCAUUUUGGAGAUGGGAAGCCAAAAGCCUGGGAAAAGACCAGAUGUUUAGUGAUUUGAUGCCCACUCACAACUUCUACCAGCUGCAGGUGGAGCCUUCUGUUUUCAGCACUUUUGAAAAUCCAGACUGUAGCUGGUUUAUUCAAAUCUGCAGUGGCUGUAAAUAUGAAACCCAGGAUUAGGACGCUCAGGAUCCUGACUUCUUCAGAGCACUGCUACAGAGCUUUGAUCUCACAAAGCACUUGCCUAAUUUCAAACAUAAAGGUCCCAUUAAGGAUGCCGUGCUCAAAGCUAGGCACAUGCCUAAGUGCUUUGCUAGAUUGGGAAUUACAUUGAAAUAUAUUAAACUUUAGCAUAUUUUGAAAAAUCCGAACCAGUGUCCAUUUCUGAUUAUGUUUUGGGCACUGUCGAGGAUAUGAUUUUUGGGUAGUAGCAUCCAUUUGUCAGAAGUAAUUGAGAGUGACAUGUCCUGCAAGGUUGGGACUUUUGUGCUGCUGCAAGAGGCAAAGUGGCUCCUGUGGCCAUCGGUGCUAACAAUACAUCACAACCACUGACUAUUGCGUUAGGUCCUUCUGGUGAGAUGUGAGUGUGGUGGCUAAUUUCACAAGUAAUGUGACAUCUUAUCAAGUGUGUUGUACUUUUCCAUUUCUUCCUGUAAUCUGUUGCAGCAGAGGUGAACAGAAGUUGUUUAAACGUGGAACAACCCCAAAUUUCUUGUUCUUUUAAUCCAAGGUGCUAAUCUGCAGACACACGGGUGUUUGUGUACAUGCAUCGGUGUUUGCAGGACUGUAGCCCUGAAGGAACAUUUUAGUGGCAGGGUUGAGAUCAGGGAACUAACAGGGGGAAUGAACAAACCCCCAUAACUUUGAAAGACAAAAGUUGCAGAAAGCAUCACAGGACUUUGCCAAAAAACUGGCUACAUCUUACAAUUUUCCUUUCCUUUUUAUUUUGUUUGGUUUUGGUUUUAUCCAGAUUGGCACAGAAUAUUGUAUUUCCAUCAAUUAAAAACGUGUCUGGUAACUAACUAAACAACUUGUUCAUGGAAAAUUAAAAAAUAAAUAAGUAAACUGUCAGUUGUGGAAUGUAAACUGAUUAAACAAAUAAAAAAAAUCAUGUUGUGUGUUUUAA